AUGGAGCGAUCGCUUCUCGUGAGUUUUACUGCGGGUUCGAACCGCAGCGGUUUGGCUCGAGGCUGUUUUGACAGUUCUUGCCAAGCCUGCGCCGGCGGCGGCAUCGUGCAGGAUGAACAGAAGCGAGCUCUUUGGCAGGGGAUGUCCGCUUGGUUGAAGCAGAAGGCGGCUCAGGCGCAGGAGGCGGCCCGGGCCGCCGCGCUGAGGGCGCAGGAGGAGGCCGCCCGCCUCGGCGGCGAGGCGCAGGACGCGGCAAAGCGCCAGGCCGAAGAGCUCAAGAGGAACGCCGCCGAGCUCCAGAAGAACGCCUCGGGCCUGGCGGCCGGCAUGCAGGGGCUCUUCGCGGAAGACAGCGCGGCGGCCCCACGGAGGCGAGAUGUGUCUCUGCAGGACGGCCCCCUCGGCUUCGACAUCGAGGGCGCCCGGGUGGUGCACGUGGACCCCGACGGCCAGGCUGCGUCCUUGGGCAUCCGGGUCGGGGACCAGAUCCUGGCGGUGGAAGGUGAUCAGAUUCCUGCACCUCCACCGACAGACACAGCUGCAGAAGGCGAAGUCAAGGUGAAGAAGUUGAUCCGCAAGCGCAUCAAGGACGGGACCGGCCACGCCCAGUGA